AUGGCAAAUGAAGUGCAAGUCCAGCUCUCCCCACUGAAAGGGGGGCAUCCUCCUGCAGUAAAAGCUGGAGGAAAGCGAAUUCCCAAAAAACAGGAAAUUGGCAUCUUGGAGAGACACACCAAGAAAACAGGGUUAGAGAGAACAAGUGCCAUUGCAAAUGUUGCCAAAAUACAGAUGAUGGAUGCCCUGAAUGACACGCUGGAGAAGCUCAGCCAUAAAUUUCCAGCAGUAGCACACAUGGCACAUCAAAAACCCAGACCUGCUCUGGAGAAGGUCACUCCACUGAAAAGGAUCUACAUUAUUCAGCAGCCUCGAAAAUGUUAA